CAGGUGUUCUGUUUAGCUACGCAGUUCAACUUGAGUAAUAACACAACAUAGACAUCAUCAUACAUACAUGGAGAGUGCUGUUUAAAGCUCUGUGCCCUUCCUUCAUCUGGUAAUCUGCAUUUGAUACCGUUAUGCCUCUGAGAGCAUCUGCAUGAAUAGAAAUCUGGGUGUGUGGAAGUUGGAUUUGGGACCCGUUAUAUAAAGGUGCACACUUCAGUUGGAAAACCUUCAUUGCAGACCUGUCCAGGAUAGAUGCGAUGCCAUGAGAACACCCUCACCUAGUUAAACCCUACCACCUACCAUCCGGACCCUCUGAAUAAUUGAGCGAUCCCAUCUUUCGCUUGAAUAGUUUCCUCGUCACCUCAAGAUAGCCAAAACACUUGUGGAUGCAUUCAUUUCUCGUGAGGUUUUCGAUAUUGCUAAUGGAUCUUCCAGUAAGCUACCAGCAGUAGAGUAUGAAACAACAUGAGACAGACUCAAAAUGGUUGUAAUCUCCUACGGGACAACACAAAAUGAGCAUUGAUGGAUUAAAAAUCGCAACUUACACGGCUUCCAUCGUCUGAAGGAAAAAUUAUCAUAUAGUCACUGGAUUGUGUGUUAUUGAAGAGAAAUAAGCGAAUUAGCGACUGAAGAGUUUAGGGGACAAAAAAGCGGUGACCGGAUCACGAUGAGCGACGCCAUGGAUGACACUCACGCAGACGAGGAUAAACCAAUCUUGCUUGAUUCACCGAGCGAUACGACAACGACUCCGAGCAGCGACCAAUCACGUGAGGUGACGUAUGAGAUCCUCAUGCCAAACGAAAAUGAGAGGAGACACAUGGAACAGGAUAAUGAAUAUUCAGUGAUACCUGAACUGGACCAAUCAAAUUACACCGAAUUAAUCCAUUCAGAGGUCCCCGAACCAAGUACUUACGAGACUACAACAUUCCAGCCCAAACGAGGACUAGAGUCUAGCCCCGAGCACGGCUGGAAUCCAAACUGGCAAAGAACCAAUGAGAACGAUGAUAACGAUGACUGUAGCCAGUCAGCAUUAAGCAUGGCUGACGCGCAGAGCGUGCAUAGCCAGUCUGCGUCAAGCACGGCGGACGCACAGAGUAUCCACAGCACUCAUAGCUUGGGGAGCGAGACAUCCCCGGAUCAGAUGGACGGUGGCGGCGAUCAUCCAGUUGGGUCGCAUAUCACAUCACUCAUCGGGAAGCUCAACCAGACCGAGAUCGUCGGGGCACGCCCCGUCCCGACGUCACUACCCCUCGGAACCAUCGGCAGCUCUGGACCGUACCGCGGAUAUUCCCGCAACCCCGGGCAAACUCUUGUGGGUAGCCCUUCGCAGCCGACGGCAUCGAGGGCUGAGAAGCCGAAGGCAGCAUUUAAGAUGCGGUCUGGAGAGCCGAUCUUGGGCGGCGGAGGUGAGCUUCAGUAUGAUGAAGAUGGGAAGGAAUAUACUGAGUGGACAGAGAAUGAGAUUUACCAAGGUAGAUAUUGAUUAUCAAUGCAUCAUGUUCAACGAAAAACUAAUAAAACAAUUCUUGCACGUGUUGCUUGUGUCUUGUUGGCAUGUACUAACACUUUGUUCCAAACUGACUACAAUCCAACCAUAUCUUCAUCCCUCUUUCGCCAUAUCAAAUUCUCAGAUCAUGAUUUUAUCGUAACUUUGAAAAUCUGCUAGGUAUUCAGUCUCGUCAUGCAUUUCUGCUCUCGACUCACAUUCCAUCUUAAAUAUACUUCUGAAUUUCUCUCAAAUUCCAUCCAAUUUUUUUCCAUUAAAUUCUUAUCAAUUUCUAUCAAUCUUGCAUUCAAAUUUUGAUCAAUUUUCUAUCCAUCUUGCAUUCUUGCUUCCCCUCAUCAAACAUUUAUUCCAAAUUCACGAAUCUUGCUUUUUGUAGCAUAAACUUGGUGCCGCCAACCAAUUUAUUGCAUUGUCUUUCACUCACUGUGCAUUUUGUGACUGGCCUGUUUACACUAACUUUUAAUCUCGCCAUCUUCUAGUGUCUGUUUGUUGACUCUUUCACACUUGCAUGGCAAAUACAAAAACUGAUGGGUAAAAGAAAGCUUGCAAUAUUCACUCAAAUUUGAUGUGGAAGAAUAUGCUUGUAUUUUAAAUAGAAAUGUAAGUGAGGAAAAAAUAGAUAAAAUAAGAAAAAAUUGAUGGAAAGAGAGAAAAAACAUUAUUUUAAUGCAUUGACUGAAACUGAAAUUGAAAGAAAAAAAAUAGGAUUAAAUUCCUUCAGUGGAAAACUCUCAAUUAUAGAAGCUUUCGAUUCGAGUGGGAAAAUGAGGAUUAUAGUUUUGUCUGUAGAGAAAAUUUCAAUUAUCAUAACCCAUUUUUUAAAUGUUAGAUACCGCACUUAAAAGAAAAAAGAAAAGUUAUGAUAGAUGUAGUUUCAGUAGAGCAUAUCUUAAGAAAAUUAUAUAUUCCAUACUGAAUAUAAGCAAUACAACAAACAAAUCCAUAUAUGUAACAAUAAUUUCUAAUAAAAUCUAAUGCCAAUUAUCUUUGUCUUGGUAUUCCAAAGGGAUGUUUUAUAUCGGUCUUCAAUUUUCAAACUACCGCACCAAACUUUGUGAUUUGGUUAAAUGUCAACUUACACAUGCCACAUGUGGAGCUUUG